UCUCUCUCUCUCUCUCUCUCUUCGGGCGAAUAUAUUACUACAAUAGGAAAGCAUUACCAUUAGGUUUUGGAAUUUAUGGCAUCAAAGCUGAAUCUCUUGCGAGCAAAGGCUGCUGAAGCCUCGAAGUUUGUAGCCAAGCAUGGAUCUGCCUAUUACAAGCAGUCAUUGGAGCAGAACAAGCAAUACAUCCAGGAACCGCCUACUGUGGAGAAAUGCCAGCUUUUGGGGAACCAGCUGUUUUACACUCGUCUUGCCAGUAUUCCUGGUCGUUAUGAAGCGUUCUGGAAGGAACUUGAUUAUGUCAAGCACUUGUGGAGAAACAGGCAGGAGCUGAAGACUGAAGAUGUUGGCAUUGCUGCCCUUUUCGGACUUGAAUGUUAUGCCUGGUUUUGUCUUGGAGAGAUCAUAGCUCGCGGAUUUAAGAUUACUGGCUACGAUGUCUAG